ACCCCACUGACAUUUUCCUGGGAGACUGACGUCCCGUGACAUCCCUGUGUCCCGUGUUUUACACCUUGAUUAUUAAAGCAUUUAAAUUAUCGAUUCGCUGGACCGUGUACAUCAUAUUUGUACCAAAAAAUGUUCUUAAAACAUUACAUAAAUGGAAUUACAUUUAAUAUAACUUAAAUGUAUUUUAGAAAACUAAACCUAUGCAGUUACACCCGGAAGUAAAUAGGUCGGAGACAUGCUAGUCAGAGCCUAGCGAGCUCGGAGUCAUUGCGUUGUUGUGUCUGGACCUAACGUACCAGUAAAGUCCACGGAGAACCCUGAUCAAGAGUGGGCUGGAGACAUGGAGAGUGGAGAGGACCCUCUGCAGCCCUCGCAAACAGAGAAAGAGAAUAAGAGCCAGGCAACGGUGCCACCGCGCAGUUCACAAACACAGCACGUGUGCCGCUUCUACUCUCAAGGGAGGUUCUGUCAGUUUGGGAAAAGAUGUCGGUUCCUUCACCAGCGCGGGGAGGCCAAGCAGGCCCCCAAGGGGCUGGAAAACCGUAACGAAAACCGCAACGACGUAGCAGCAGAGCCUCAUGAACAUGCCAAUGUCCAAGCCGAGGACUCCGCAGCCAAGAGCGGCUCGCAGCCCGGCGCCGCCCAGUCCAGAAGAGAGAGACCCAGGCGCCCCUGUCGUUACUUUCUGUCCGGCUACUGCGCGAUGGAAGACCGGUGUCGCUUUUGGCACCCCGAGCAGCUCCCGCCAUUAGACAACCGGCCAGGGCCCAGAGAGAGGGAUGCCCCGGUUCCCAGGGCGCCGGUCGCGCGCCCCAACCCCAUCGAGAUGGCUGUGAAACUGAGCGAGCUCACAGCGGACGCGGCCAAACAGCUUCGAGACACGGAGAUCUGCCAGCUGCUGAAGCGCAUCCCCAAAGACCAGCUCAUCGUGCAGGAGAGGGAGGACGGCCUGCUCACAUACUACCGGAUCACCGUGCAGCCCACCGAUCCUGACUGGCCAUUUGACUUGAAGGAAAUUGACAUCAUGAUUAGUUUCCCAGAGACGUAUCCCCAAGAGGUUUUCACUGUGGAUGUCCCUGAGGACCAGGAUUUCCCAGCUAUUAUGGGCAGACAUUUGUGCCAAGCCUCUCAGGAAUGGUUGCAGGCCAAGCGGGCGACCAAUGAGCUGAUGGGGAAGGUGGAGCUUCUGUUCCGUCCUUUCCUUCACUGGUUGGACCGCAACAUGGAGAGGCUGUUCACUGAGGGAGCCCGAGAGCUGAAGAAGGACAUAGACGCAGAACGUUAUGGAAUCCGCUUCGUCCCCUACCAGCAGCUCCAAGCAGCGGUGUGCAGGGAGCAGACCACGGAAUCCGAGUCGGCCUCUGAUGAAGAGGACGAGGAGGAGGAUGAUGAAGAGGAAGGAGAGGAGGAGGAGGAGGAGGAGGGAGAGGAAGGGGGGUCAGAAGACGAAGAGGGGGAGGAGUCGAGCCGGCGGGUGGAGAACGUGAAGAGCUCGGAGCCUCGGAGGGGGACGGAGGUGCGGCUUCAGGGGCUGGAGCUGGGGGAGGAGACAGCCACUGUAACGGCCCGGCAGAUCACCGUCACGCUGCAGUGCAGCAGGUGCAAGGUGACCGCAGACCUCACUCUGACGGGCCGGUUGCCGUGCACAGCCCAGUGUGAGAAGUGCGGCUCCAGUAUCAGCGCUGGCUUCCGUCCCAGCAUGCUCCACCAGUACAGCAGUGUGCUGGGCUUCCUGGACCUGAGCGGAGCCGUGCCCGUGGACCUGGUCCUGCAGGACUGUGAGCUGCUGGUGGGCUGCCUCACCUGCUCCCAGGAGGGGUCCCUGCAGGUGUCAUACGGCCAGCCCAAGGAGGCGAACUGUCAGCACUGCCACUCCAAGCUCAGGAUCCUGGUGGAGAGCACAGUUUUCCAGCUCCUCCAGCCCCGGCCCAGGGCACAAGCAGGACACGGAGACGCAGGGCGUGGAUCAGGCCGUUACCCCAGAGACCCCGCCGUGCAGCGGGGGAAACCGCUUCCUGAGAUGGGCACCUGCAAGCAUUUUAAACAGAGUCAGCGCUGGCUCAGGUUCCCGUGCUGCGGUCGGGCGUACCCGUGUGACGUGUGCCAUGACGAGGACCAGGACCACCCCAUGGAGCUGGCCACCAGGAUGAUCUGUGGUCACUGCGCCAAGGAGCAGGCAUACAGCAGUGGGAAGCCCUGUGUCAGCUGUGGGGGAAUGAUGACCAGAGACUCCCGUACCAACCACUGGGAGGGAGGGCAGGGCUGCCGCAGCAAAAGCAGAAUGAACAGAAAUGAUCGUCAAAAAUACAGCAACAUAAACAAAACGGUAUCCCGCAAAGCAGCCAGUGAAAAAAAGUAACAGAGAUGAACUGUUACCUGUUACCAGCUGCAAAGAUGGAUUACCAGAUGCGAAUCAGGCUCAAAGAAUGCAUUUAUGCCUUAAAUAAAUACAAUCACAUGAUGAAUGUUACCAAAAACCAAAAGAUUGGUUGGGAUUCUCAUUAAAAAAGAAUACAUUUUGUAUCAUAAAUGUUUUGGAUUUCUAAUUAUAAACAUAAAAUUUUAGCUUUUUUAAAAUCACCCCAUAACUUUUACCAUUAAAAAAAAAAAAAAGUUUGUAAUUUAAAUGCUUAACUUUCAGUAAAUUCUUUUCAGUUAUUUUGUGAGUUUAUAAUCAUAAGACAACAGUGGUCCUUAAAACAUCCUUAAUAGUCUUGAAUGAAUAAGCAUUGUCCAUAAUCAUCUGAAGUUUAUUAAAUCAGUUAAAUCAGUUUUUUAGCAGUAGAAUGUACUUUUCAAAUGGCUGGAAGACAAUGCAGUGUGUUAAAUCUUUGUAUAGAGUGCUAUUGGCUGAGCUCUUUGGCAGUAGAAUUUACCUGUAUUUUGGGAUUGGCUGAAGUGACGUGGGUUUAAUCUUUGUACUGAGUGCAGUAUUGGCUGAGCUCUUUAGCAGAACAACGUAUCUUUACUUGGGGAUUGGAUGAAAUGAAGUGGGUUUUCCAGCUUUACCAGAACCAGACGUAGACCUGUCUAACUGGUAACUGGUAACGGGAAGAAGUAAUCUAGGGGAAGCUGCAGCAUACUUUAGUGAGGGGAGGCAAAACUUGUUUUUUGUGUUUUUAGCUUUCAGCAAUGUAAUUUUGUCUUUUUCUGAGAAAAAAAUGAGCUGCUUUCCAAUGGAACUAUUUGUAUUGCAGAUUGCAACUUGAUUUAUAUGUGCUCCAGAAUAAAACAUUUCAACAAAAAA